CAUCUUCAUGUGUGGUUACCGCCCUUCGGAGGAGAAAGUGUGGGGCAGGGAGCUGGCCAGGAAAUAUGAUUAUAAUUUAGCUGUAAGGCGGAGAACUGUAGACGCGAUUGGCAUACGAACAUAGAUAGCUUAUGCACCUGGAAUCAUCUGGAAACCAUACUUUUGGGAGUGUUUGACACAGCCUGGCUGGACACCAGGAUCUUGGAGAAGACGCCUCAGGCUGAAAGACUACCCCCGUCGCCAUGACGCUGCCGUUUAAGAAAGAACUGGAGAAGUACAAAAACAUGGACGAGGAGGAGAUCCUCAACAACCUGUCGGCUGAGGAGCUGAGACAACUGGAACACGCCCUGGAGGAACUGGACCCAGAGAAUGCACUGCUGCCAGCUGGCCUGCGGCAGAAGGAUCAGACCGAGAAGGGUGCCACCGGCCCCUUCGACAGAGAGAGGCUCCUCAAGUACCUGGAGAAGGAGGCGCUGGAGCACAAGGACCGCGAGGAUGUGGUGCCCUUCACCGGGGAGCGCAAAGGGAAAGCGUGGGUGCCCAAAGAGAAGCCAAUGGAAACACAGCAGGAGGAAGUGACGACCCUUGACCCGGAACUAGAAGAAGCCCUCUCCAGUGCCACUGACACAGAGCUCUGUGACCUGGCAGCUAUCCUUGGUGUACAUACGCUGGUGACCAGCACACAGACCAUCGAGGGCCCUGGCAAACAAGGCUAUACCAACGUGGUGAAAGGGGAGAAGGUGAAGCCGGUCUUCGACGAGCCGCCAAACCCCACCAACGUAGAGGAGACCCUGCGGAGGAUAAAGGCCAAUGACGCCACCCUGGUGGAGGUCAACCUCAACAACAUCAAGAACAUCCCCAUCCCCACGCUGAAGGACUUUGCCAAGGCCAUGGAAAAGAACACGCACGUGAAGAAGUUCAGCCUGGCUGCCACACGGAGCAACGACCCCAUCGCCGUGGUGUUUGCAGACAUGCUCAGGGAGAACAGCAGCCUGAGGAGCCUGAACCUGGAGAGCAACUUCAUCACCAGCACCGGCAUCCAGGCCCUGGUGGGGGCGCUGCGGGACAACGACACGCUGACCGAGGUCAAGAUCGACAACCAGCGGCAGCAGCUGGGCACCACAGUGGAGAUGGAGAUGGCUAAGAUGCUGGAGGAAAACCGCAGCAUCCUGAAGUUCGGAUACCACUUCACUCAGCAGGGCCCGCGAUCGCGAGCCGCCGCCGCCAUCACCAAGAACAACGACCUGGUGCGGCAAAGGCGAGUGGAAGGAGAUGCGUAACCCCACAGCUCUCCCAUACCGCACCUGAACCACGCCCUACCGCACCUGAACCACGCCCAACCACACCCCACCACGCCAUGCUGCAACACGUGGAAAUACUUCAGCUGAACUGCUUUAUGUGCCAAACCGUGGGGUAGGGCCGGGUGUGACAUCAUCAACCUAUCUGAAGAAGGGAAAUGACUGGAAGCCCUCUACCAUGUUGUUGUUGGUGUUGUUAUUAUUAUUAUUAUUGUUAUUAUUAUUAUCACCAUCAAUUUUGGUAAAUAUUUUAGCCUAAUAAUUCCAUUUGAGUUGCUUUUUUCUGUGCUUAGAUGCAGACUUUGUUGAAUAUUUUUUACUGACAGGAUGAAGAGAAAGCAGACAUAACCAUAAAGUACUCUGAGAGCAGGAAUGUUCUACAGUUGCGUAUUCGUUUCCAUUCCCGCAUGGGGAGAAUCGAUUCAUGAAGGGUUGGAUUUAAAUGCCAUUAGACUCCAGUAGGCUGAAACGGUCAGUAUAGAGCAGCUGAGGUUCUGAACUUGUGUUCAAUUACGUGGGGUCGAUACCUUUUUCAUUCAAAGCACUUUUCCCUCUCUGUACACUGUAAAAUGCAUUGUACUUGAAAUGGUCUAUUCUUCACCUGAAGUUGUUUAUUUUUAUUGUUGUUUUACGGGGGUCAUAGCAAGAGUUUCUAAUACACUGCAAUGUCUGGAGGCCUGUGAGGUGAUGUGUGUGUUUUGGAAAGUGCAGCGUUGGAUUUGUGAGGGAUAGUGUCAGGUGGGUAAAAUGUGAUUUUUUGCUGUCCGUCUUGUAGUCUUCCUGUUAUGUUGGGGAUUGUACCUCACAGUCUAUAUGCUGUCUACUUGUUUUUAUUAAGCAAUGAGCAGUAUGUGAAACAGUAUCCUCCAUGCUAACCACAUUGUGGAAGUGUCGUAAGACGUUCCGCCCAUGUGGCCAUGCUCACGUGUUUUUUGACGUCGAAGGAAAAUGUCUGCAGAACCGCGCCUUGUUUUUAAAGCAAAGCUGCACAUCAUAUGGGACCAGAAUGGUUGUUUACUUCUGAAAAGUAUGCUCUCGAAUAUACUCUGAAAACCCCGGGAUAUGAAGUAUCUGGGAUUGUAAGUACACUACAAUGAGAGGAGAUUUCAACUACUUAACUCUCUCCUGCAGUGUACUAGACAAGCCUACUCAGUGGUAAUGCUGCUGUUUGCUUUUUUUCUAAUUGGUCCUGCGCUAAACUCUGCUAACCGUGCUAACCUCUGCUUCAGUGACGCCCGUGCUAAUAUCAUGCCAAAGAAUAAUGUAUAUCUUUUUCCACUGUGGAGAAUUUUAGUGGCUGAAAUGCAUAUUUCCAUCAUCGGUCAUGUAUUAAAAGCAUGUAGUUCUUUCCCCUCCUUUAAAAGGUAUUUACAUUUAUGGUUACGGUUUCUUUUGUUUAAUUCUGGGGAAAUGCUGUGAAAUUGCCUUCCUGAAACCACUGCAGUUUUAGACGUUUGUUUUAUAUCCAGGUAUCCAUUUGAAGUAGCGAUGCAAACGUAAUGCCAUUGUCCAGAAGAACCGCUUUCACACGCAACUUCAGUUUUUUUUCCCCCAGCAGUGGUGACUGAACAUGGCGUGUACUGCUAGCUGGAGAUGCACAGAAGGGUGAGAUUGAUUGAUGUCACGAGUGCGGAUUUUAAGAUGCCAUGCAUGCUGUCUGUGGCACAGUGAACUGGAUUGUACAGGGGAAUGGGAGCAUGCUUUUAUCAUCUCUGCUGUCACCCGUUAACUGUUUUUUUUUUACUAUUUCUGUAAGAUAACUGUAAUAAAAACACAAGUGAAACAACAAAAGACACUUUUUUUUCUCAAUGAUACUUGCAAAACAUUUUCAUUUUAAAUGUACAUUCCUAGCUAUUGCAUUUUUCCCAAUUUCUGGUCAGUGGAACAUGCCAUGGCUUUUAUUAUAUUCAUUUUUAACAUUAGGUGCAGGGCAGAACAUUUGGGUACUGUACAAGCCUGUUAUACAGUUUCUAAUUGUUUUCUUUUUUUAUAUUGGUGAGGCAAACGGACUACAUGGAAUAUAGACUGUAUUUAUAUGUGUAUGGAUGUGGCUUGGCUGUUUUUUGAAUAAUCUGAAAUUAUGAUGUAUUAUGGAUGUCCAUCUUACUCGCUGCAUUCAUUCCGAUUAUUUUUUUCAUGUGAAUCACUGUGCAAGUUAGACUGCUGAAAUCUUUAACCUUAAUAUGAUGGCUCUGGACACCACAAGAGGAAAUGCAUCACACUGUUGUCAUUAUUAUUAGUAGGAUUAUUACUACACAACAUUGGUGGCAUUGUAUAGUUCAAAAUGUACUCAACAAUAAAUGUUUUUACAAAGUA